AUGGAGUUGAAGCGGCAGACUAUGUCGGACUUCGACGCCCGCGCCUCGGGCCUAUUGGCUUCGAAGGCCAGGGCCUAACCGCAGAUAGCACGGCACCGUCUCGAGUGCCCGACUACACCGGACGAGGGCGUCCACGCCUUGCGCCCAUCCUGGGGCCCAGCCCGUCUCCACCACCGCCUCAGCAGGUCAAGAGGUCUCAAGGGCUGCCCGACUACGCUGGGCCUGACCGUCCCCGCCUCCCUCCCUUUCCCGCUCCCCGUCUUGAGUCGGCUCCCGCUGCUGAGCGCAAGACGGGAAGCGUGCUUCCCGACUACACCGGGCCGGGACGCCCACGCCUUGCGCCCAUCCUGGGGCCCAACCCGUCUCCACCACCGCCUCAACAGGUCAAGAGGUCUCAAGGGCUGCCCGACUACGCUGGGCCUGACCGUCCCCGCCUCCCUCCCUUUCCCGCUCCCCGUCUGGAGUCGGCUCCUGCUCCUGAGCGCAAGACGGGAAGCGUCAAGAGGUCUCAAGGGCUGCCCGACUACGCUGGGCCUGACCGUCCCCGCCUCCCUCCCUUUCCCGCUCCCCGUCUUGAGUCGGCUCCUGCUCCUGAGCGCAAGACGGGAAGCGUGCUUCCCGACUACACCGGGGCGGGACGCCCACGCCUUGCGCCCAUCCUGGGGCCCAACCCGUCUCCACCACCGCCUCAACAGGUCAAGAGGUCUCAAGGGCUGCCCGACUACGCUGGGCCUGACCGUCCCCGCCUCCCUCCCUUUCCCGCUCCCCGUCUGGAGUCGGCUCCCGCUGCUGAGCGCAAGACGGGAAGCGCGCUUCCCGAUUACACCGGGCCGGGACGCCCACGCCUUGCGCCCAUCCUCGGGCCCAGCCCGUCUCCACCGCCGCCUCAUCAGGUCGAGACGUCUCAUGGGCUGCCCGACUAUUCUGGGCCUGACCGUCCCCGCCUCCCUCCCUUUCCAGCACCUCGUCUGGAGUCGGCUCCCGCUCCUGAGCGCAAGACGGGAAGCGUGCUUCCCGAUUACACCGGGCCGGGACGCCCACGCCUUGCGCCCAUCCUCGCGCCCAGCCCGUCUCCUCCACCGCCUCAUCAGGACAAGAGGCCUCAUGGGCUGCCCGACUAUUCCGGGCCUAACCGCCCCCGCCUCCCUCCCAUUCGUGGCCAAGAUCCAGACGUGGCAGGCGUCCAGGCACGCCCUGCCCUUCCUGACUAUACUGGACCCGACCGUCCACGCCCUGAACCAAUCAAGAGGUCACCCUCAGUUGCACCGAGGCACCGAGGAUCCCGUUCCAAAGGGCCGGAUCACGUAAUGAUCAAAAACAGGCGUCGGGCAGCUUCACCGUCUGAGUCGGAUGUGUCGGCAGAGGCUUCUCAAGCGAUGGAUCAAGACGGUGAUGCAGAUUCUGACUCUGGUCCCGGGCCGGUCGACGUCGAUGGGGAGGAGGAGUGGUACAAGGUUCGCGCGAUCGAACUCUGCUACAAGAAGAAAACCCGAUGGCGGUUCUGGCUGAGCUGGGAAGGCUGGGAGCCAAAACACAACGUCGAAUUGCCCUGGUCACGCGUCAAGCACUUGACCGCUGUCCCAGUAUACAUGGAUAGCCACAUCGAGUACGUCUACGAGAUGCGGAACCUCAACGACAACUGGGAGUGCAAGAUUCACUGGAAAGAUACGCCUGAGAGUGCCGAUGACUGGGUGCCCAGGGACUUCUUGAAAGACACGGCCGUCUUGAGGGUCUUUCUGGCAACGCAGGGUAUAUAG